ACUUCGUUGUUCAGCUUGGUAUUGUUUGGUUGUCGUUUUUUGCACCUGUGGUGUAUUCCUUGGUAGGUGUGCGCUAGCAGCACAAAUUCGUUGAGGAUUGGCUAUUGAGUGUUCUCGUGACUGACGCUUCUUACACGGAGUAUAAGAUUGUAAAAGGAUAGACUCAAGCAGACCUAGGUACUUCGUUCUUCGUUUCAUGGGCAUAGCCGUCAGUACCUUUGAGGAGACAACUGCUUUCCUGUUUUAGAUCCAAAUCGAAACGUUUUAGCUGACAAUGAGCAAAGAAGAUUUCAAAAGAUGGGUUCGAUAUUAGUGAAAUCUACAGAACAUGAACUAGGCCAGAAAUAUGCUAUAUGGGAAUCUCCGCAAUAUAGUUUCAAUGUCCAGCGUGGAAGCAGUAGUUAUUCUAACGACCGUGCAUUCGAACGCAUAGAUUCAGCAUUGUCGGAUGUCAGAGUUUGUGAAAUGGAUGCCGAAGAUGUUGAACGGGGUCUUCGAGCAGAAUCAUUUGACAACUGGAAUGAGAAGUGUGACGUAAGACGAUUUGACGCAUUUUCAAUAAAUGAAACGGAUUUGCUAAUAGAACAGAUUAUGCAGGGCUUCGGUGACAGUAGUUCGACCUUACGCACAAAACUCAACGCCAUCAAAUUCUGUGAAGAAUAUGAAAACAAAAUUAUCGAUUUCACAUUUGGUGAUCAAAACAGUUCAGGGACAAUUCGAUUUGGAAUGAUUGCUAUAACUAGAAAAGGUGACACUUUGGAUGCUGUAUCUUGUCUUUACAAACUUGAGUACAGUAUUGCUCCAAAACUCAUGAGCAAAACUAUUACAUUGUGCUUUCAUGGCGUAGAACUCGACAGCUUCACAACCAUUUGGGCACAAAAAAAGUGUCUCGGUUACAUUACCCAAAGCAGACUUAUGAACUUUUGUAGGAGGAAAGCCUUGGAGGAAUUUAAACAGCAAAAUUUAGUGUCGAAAAUAAAAUACGUUACAUCACUUACUUAACUUUACUUACAAAGCUGUACACUCAUUUUAGCAAAAACGUGUUUUGACAAUAGUAUAUAACGCAAACGUAUGACGUGGGUGAUUACGUGGGUGAUUUCAGACUUUUUCAACGGGGUUUUUGGUAAGACAAUUAUCAUACAAAUACAUAACGUUGUGUGAGUUAUUGCCAAAUAAAAAAGGUACGGCUAUCAAAUCAAUUUCUUAUCAUUUUAGCAACAUACUGCGUUUGUGAAUCAAAAUACCUUUGUUUACGACCACAAAAAGCAAAAGCAACAACGAAGCUAAGAUCCAAUUAAAAGAAGAUGGCAAUAUUAGAACAUAAAUUAUUUUGAUAGCAGUGCUCUUUAUUAAAUAGUAAGUUUCAUGCUGGUAGAUCACAAUGAAAUACACACACAAUGCAGUCAUUUAUAUAAUUAUAAAGAUCUUAGCUACUAUGUUUGUCAUGCUAUUUUUUCAUAAUUUGUUAUAGUUUUAAUGUUUGCCUUUACUUUUACAUUUCCUCUAGCUGGUAACACAUCAUCUCUCCCAUUUUCCAUUAGUUUGUAUGAAAUAAGUUCCAAAUAUCGAACGCUUUUGAUCAACUAAUUAUUGCAAUUUAUUCGUGUUAUAUUAACUGAUUUAUAUCAUAUGUUUGCAAUUUGACGUUUUGUUUUGUAUUAUAUACUUUAUGUUAUGAAUGUUUAUUCGGGAAAUAAAAACAGUAACCAGAAAAAACACGUUUGUCAGGUAUCUAAAUAAACAUUUUGAAAGUUAGUUAUAAUAUAUACACUAUUUAUUUGAAUCUAUAAGAUAUAAAAAAGGCAAUGUAUGUUUUGUUAGUAUAACAUAGAGUCCAGCAAAAGAUGGUAUGUAUGAGCCAUUGCGAUGGUUCGUGCGUCAAUAUGUCAGUAAAUUCCAAACACCAUAAGAUCCGUACCUUAGCACGAAAUGGCUAUAUGGUACAGUAACAUGAACCAUGAGAAAAUGAUGCAAUUAUACGCUUGAAACUACAAGGGCAGUAAGGCAUGUAAUCGAUAUCGUAUAUAAGAAAUAGUACACACCGCUGAGGGCCUAUCACUUUCGUGUUUAAUUGAACAAAGCAAAUACUGUUUACUUGCGACAAUUGUUUGCCGUUAUAAUAAUUGCAUGUCACACUCACCAGUUUUAUGACGUCAUCGGUCCAAUACACUCGGUUUUGAGAGGUACGGACCGGCCAAAAGAGGAUAUGGACCGCUUACGUAAUAAUACUUGAAUUGUAUUAAAAUACAGCGAUCUAAGGACCGAUCGGCUUAUAUAUACUACAAGGAAGGGACACAUAUAUGUAAGGUAUAAUACUGUUAUGUAUUACUAAAAUAGUGAGUGCUUAAGAUGACUAAUUUGUUCAUAAGUUUAAAUCGGAAUAACAUGUGAUAGGAAAAGUAUUACAAAAACCCAUAUGAAUUAAUUCAACUGACUGAAUAUCGGGCUUAAAAUAAUAAAGUGUGAGAUAGCUCACUUUAAAACAUACAACUUUAUCAGCAUAAGCAAUGUAUCUGAAUACAUUUUUUCAUUUUAAAAGAAGCGGCUCUGGCGAUUUCAGUGUCAAAAAGUGUUGAUUUUAUCUUAAUAAUUGCACAUGUCGGUAGGUCGGUGGGUCGGUCGGUCGGAUGGCCUGUUUGCCAGUUUGUAAAUCAUGUCUUGUCUUCAAAAUAACACGAGCUCGACUCACUGGGUCAAAGUUCAAGGUCUCUGUAAACAGUCUUAUCAUGAAAGAAAUGUCUGCAUAUGAAUGGUUUGAUAUAAAUCCAAGAAACUGAUGUUGUCGAUUGCCUUUAGCCAGUUGAUUGCCUACAUAUUGUGAGGUCAGUAGGUAAACGGUUAAGAUCACGGUCAACAGUAUUAUGGAAACUUUGUCCACACAAUUACAUGGGACUGGUCUAACCUAUGAUUAUAAACCCUGAGAAGCUGCUCUUGACCAGAUAAUGACCCCUAAUAUUUAAAAGUAAGAGAGUCAUAGGCUAAGGACAUAGUCAACAAACCAGAAAACACGGUAACUUGAGAGUGACUUUACCUACAUAUUUGUGAAAUAAACCGUUUCUUUUAGUAACUGUUAAAAAUGUAAUGUUUCCCAGGCUGAAUUAUUUUUAGGAAGAUGUGUCAAAUCCGUUAAUUGAGCUAUUGUGAUAAAUGGGUAUAAAAUUGUAAAAGUCUUUGAAAUGUUCGACAUUCUUUUUUGCCUAAAAUAUCACGAACAGAAGUUUAUAUUAAUGUAUAUGUGUGCGUACUGCUAGAUCGGGGAAUAAAGAAAUGUCACUUUCAAUCAGAAGGCAACUUUUAAGCACUACUGCGAAAAAGUUCAAUUAUAUCUUAUCACAUUAAUUGUUUUAAUUAUUCAUUCUUUAAAUAUUUUGUUGUUAAAAUAAAAUAUUUGCUUAUAUGUAUUUAACAAUUUGAAUUUAUUUAAAACAGUAAUUAAACAAGAACUGUAAGCACAGCAAUAUUAAAUCCACGCUAUGUUGGUAAUGAUAAGUCUUUGUUUAUUAGCAAAGUUUAUUAUUGUGAUAACUUGGAAAGUGUGAGAUUAUACUGUGAAAAGACUAAAAGCCUUGGUUAUCACCAAUAUAGUUCGUUAGUUUAAUGUCAAUUUAGAAUGUAUUGCCUCAUUGUAUGCAUUCUUAUUUUUUUUAUUUGACAAUUAACUCCCCAUCAUUCUUUUGAUCCCAGAUGAGGUAUACAUCUAUUGAACUUUUACUGUUAUCUUAAUGCAAAUUUGAACCUUGUUUUAUAAAGGGUAAUGCACACUGUCAAAUGCA